CUUUAUCUUUAAUUUUGACAACAAGCUUUGACAUUGUGGGUUUCCCCGAGAAGCUGUUCUGGAUAAGGCAGACUGGGGCUGCUGCGGUGCGAUGGAUCGCCAAGGGCCCCCAGCGAGCAUGUCCGCAUGUCCUCGACUUGACAAGCCUCCGCGGGGCUCCUCCUACUCCACACUCUUCUGGGGUCUCGUCCCCUUCCCAAGAGUCUUGGCAGCUGAUGGCGUAGGUUCAGGCGCUCCUGCAGAAAAUGCCGUGCAGCUACCACGAUACAUCAGCAAACCAGAGCUACCGGACACUGGCUGGGACCGAAUAAAAGAACUCUUUGACAGGAGCGAGAUGCAGGCCUACCCUGAGGAGAUUCUCAAUAUCGUGAAGAGUGGGUUAACGGCAGCAGUGGUGGGGAUGGUUUAUGGAGGGAUCCCAGCCGCCAGACAGGCUAGAGAGCACUUCAUCCAGCAGAGCCAGGCGGAGGUCUAUCGCCACCAAGUGGAGGCUGUGAGGUCAGCCCAUAACGCGGCGAUCCGCGGAUUUAUCAGGUUUGGCUGGCGCUGGAGCUGGAGGGUUGCGGCCUUUGUCACAUUGUUCAGCACGGUGAGCACUGGUUUGUCUGUUUACAGAGAUAAAAACAGCCUGAGUCAUUAUUCUGCUGCAGGAGCAAUUACAGGGGGCUUGUUUAGGCUGAACAUGGGUUUGAGUGGCAUGCUGGCAUGCAGUGCCAUUGGGGCAGUCCUUGGGGUCCCGGCAGGGGCGCUCAUGAUGGCCGUGCAGAGGCUGACUGGCGAGACUCACCGGGAGCGCAAGAGGAGGGAACGCAGGGAGCUGUACGAGCUCAAGCUGGCUGAGUGGAAUGCUCGGCUAAAUGUGACGGAGGGACUUAUUGACGAAAUGAGUAAAGUGGAGGACGGUUCCAUAGAGACAGACCUGGACAGAAUUGAAGAGCUUCUAAACCUUCCCAGAAAUGAAGAAGCCUCUGCCAGCAAGUGAUUUGUAUUUUCACUGGGUAACAGUCCAGUGUCCCCCUUUAUUUGGUGGUGUUUAGCCACUUUUAAGGGUUACCUAUUUGGCUCUUUAAGAAGACUUCUUGUCUCAUGUUUUCCUCACCUCUUUUUUUGUAACCAACCUAUCCUCAGAGAGUUCCCCAGGUAUACGACUGAAAGGACAUACUGUGGAGGAGCAAGCGUUUCACCUUCAUUUUCCUCAGGACUUUGCAAGAACCUUGCUGGAGUUCUGUCAGUAGAGGGAAGGCUGUACAGGAAAUGUGCCAAUACAAGAAAUCCUGUUUACUUGAUCCAUGGACAGUGGAGAGUGACCAACAUUAUCCAUAAUCAAUAACAGUGUCACUGCCAUUGUCUCACUGGAAGAGGGAAAUGGUCAGAGCUCGGUGUGUUUGAUUGACAAAAGAGCUUUACAUUUUAUAUUCUUUGUGUAGAAUGAUCUUGAGAAAAGGACAUCAACAAGGAGAAAAUAAUGGACGUUAUACCUGGUGUACUUUUACACAGACCAGAUAUACUGUACAUUUUAACAAAGUCACUCUGUAACAUUGUGAUUUUCUAGCUAUUUUAGGCUUUGUAAAUGCUAAAUUGUCCCUUGUAAAGUACCCUCGCUUCAAUGAUGUACAAAUACUGUAACAAGUGUGAACAAUUACAAGAAAUUUGUAAAAGAAUUAUCAUUAGAUAAUGUGGAUAAGUGCCAUUAUUUAUCCUCAAGGCAGAAAAAAGACAAAACGAUUGAAAACCUAUGAAGAGUAAAGAAUUGAAAAGUGUUUUAACAUUAA